GAGGAGGAGGAGGGGGAGAAGGACAAAGACGUGGAGGAGGAGGGGGAGGAGUUAGGACGGCGACAACAACGAGGAGGGGGACCACGACGAAGAUGGACAAAGAAGAGCGAAGAAGAGCGAAGAAAAGAAAAGCGGUUCAAUGACGAGAAAGACGAGUAGGAGGUUGAGACAUGCGUGCAUGAGGAGCAUAGCGGGAGAUAGACGUGCAGGAGGAGCGAGAGGAGGACGUGCAGGAGGAGCGAGACGAUUGAUGACGAUGGGAAGGAGGAGAAGGGUCGAAAAGCCUCGAGCCCCGCAUUGCUCUCCAAGCUCGUCCCACGUGCAUUUCCCAAUGGCACGAACGAAAGUGUUUGUCGUCUACUACUCCAUGUACGGCCACGUGGCCAAGCUGGCACAACAGAUCAAGAAAGGGGUUGACAGCGUGGCAGGCUGUGAGGGCCAUCUGUUUCAAGUGCCUGAGACUCAGUCGGAAGCAGUGUUGCAGAAAAUGCACGCUCCGCCUAAGCCAGCUGAGAUCCCGGUGAUCACUCCGGCGAAGCUGGCAGAAGCAGACGGAAUAGAGUUGUUUGAGUGGUACUAUUUUUGUCAAGCGCAACGGGAGGACUUUUUUGCACUUGCGAAACCCCGUGAUGGCCAUCCAACCAUUGCAAAAAUGCAGGCCUUGGCAAAGGAGUUAUCUGUCGUGCUUCCGGUGAGCUUUUUCGAGCGUUCAAACAAUGCAUUUUACAACUCGCUGGUGGUGAUUGACGCUGACGGGACCAAUCUUGGGAUUUACCGCAAGUCUCAUAUACCGGAUGGGCCAGGCUAUCAGGAGAAGUUUUACUUCAAUCCUGGUGAUACAGGUUUCAAGGUUUUCAAAACCAAGUACGCUGAUAUUGGCGUAGGCAUAUGCUGGGACCAGUGGUUCCCAGAGGCUGCCAGGGUAAUGGUGCUGAAGGGUGCAGAACUGCUGCUGUACCCAACUGCCAUUGGUAGUGAACCGCAAGAUCCAACGCUCGACUCACGGGAGCAUUGGACGCGUGUAAUGCAAGGCCAUGCUGGAGCAAACAUGAUUCCUCUCGUUGCAUCGAACCGGGUCGGCGAGGAGGAGAUUCAGACAGAGCAUGGGAAAAGCUUUAUCAAGUUCUAUGGAAAAUCGUUCAUUGCAGGUCCUACUGGUGAGAUCGUUCAGCAGGCGAACGAUUCAGACGAGGAGGUGUUGGUGGCGACGUUUGAUCUUGAGAAGCUUAGGUCACAGAGGGCCAGUUGGGGAAUAUUCCGGGACAGAAGGCCUGAUCUUUACAGACCCCUCUUAACCCUCGAUGGUGCCAUGGAUAGGACCGCGAACCUAGCAGUCCUUAGCCUGCUGGCUGCAAUGGCUCAAGUUAACGCUGCAGCCCCUAACACGCCUGCAGCGUGCCUGCAGCAGCAAUCUCCUGCUUCCCCAGCAAUCAAUGCGCCAGCAGCGUUUGACCCGCAUGCAGAACCGACUGUGCAAGUUGUCGAGAACCAGCUCACCGAUGCUCUGCGCACAUUGGCACAGGUUGGAGGACACAUACAUCUGCUUCAGCAGCGUCUUGCUAAGCAAUGGGGUGGGCUGCCUUUACCAAACACAGCUGCAUCAAUCGCAACACCAGCUUCCUGUGCUGGUCAGCGGGCCACACGGGCCCUUUCCCAUCUGCCUCCCGUGCAGCCGUCGCUGUCGGAUCAUGUGGUAUCCGUGACAGCAUACAUGCAAGGUGGAGCAUGCAUGUCACCAUUGGUGCCCUGCACAACAGGUGCUGAGCUUGGAGACGGUCUUCCUUCUCAGUCGCCACAACGACUUGACGGUCAAGUUGUGCCCACGGUGUGUGAUAUUCCGUCAUCAUCUCUUCAGACACCGCAAGGUCCAUCAGCCCAGCAACCUGCCGAAGGGCAUGAUGGGGCAGGGGAGUUUGUGCUCAUACCUGCAGACGUUCAGCAAGCAAGACUGCGGGCUUUUGCAAACAUGUUGCAGGGGGUACCUGGGCAAAAUCAACCCUCGGCACAUGGGAAGAGUGAUGGCGGCAAGAAUGAUGCAGAGUGUGCAGGACGAUGCACGCCUCUGCAGUCCGCUUCUGGUGGAAGAGAGAAGCGGAAAGCCCCCAUGAGCCCAUCUUCUUCCUGCUCGUCUGCUGCCGACACAGAUGGCGAUGCGGAGAGUCCACCUGUCAUGGAGCUUGUGAGCAGCGGUGAUGCCGCCUUAACAUCAUUGUUCACAAUCACAGCAGGAAGAUGGUACAACAGCAUCGUAGAGCUGCGAGCAGCUCUUCGGCAGACAGCUGUUGCCAUGAACUUCGAGUACAGCGUUGUCAGAUCUUCGCCACAGCGUUUCAUUGCCCGGUGCCGUGUGCCAGAUUGCCCAUGGCGAAUCCGCGCAAUGGCUCCUCGGGGCGGCCUGCGAUGUGUUGUGCAAGAAGUUACCGAGCACUCCUGCAGUGGAUCCACUAGCGUCAAGAACCGCCAUGCCGGCAAGGCCUGGGUGGCCGACAUGUUCACGGCCAAGCUGCGGCAUUCCCCAACGUACCAUGCCCAGGACAUUGUGAACGACUUGGUCCGCAGUGUUGGAGUCCAUGUCACGUACAAGACAGCGUUGCGUGCACGCGAGCUAGCUCUGGAGCGAAUGAGUGGGCCACCGGAAAAGGGCUACGUAAACCUGCCCUCGUACUGCCGUGCUCUGAAAGACCAGAACCCUGGCUCCGUCGCAUUUGUGGAAUGUGUGGAAGGCACAGACAGGUUCAACAGGUUCUUUUUUGCAUUUGGGGCGAGCCUAGGGGGAUUCAGGCACUGCAGGCCCCUUAUUGGUUUGGACGCUGUACUUCUCUCUGGAAGGUACCCUGGAGUCCUACUCGGCGCCACCAGUAUUGAUAGCAUGGACGAACCCUUUCCUCUUGCGUGUGCGGUUGUGAACUCGGAGGACAGGAAUAAUUGGGCAUGGUUUUUGAAGGCAUUACGUGAUGCUCUGGGCCAAGGCGGCGGGCCUGAGAGGACAUUUACCUUUAUCUCUGACAGGGAGAAUGGAGUUGUGGAAGGGGUGACGGACAUUUUCCUAGAUGCCCCUCACAGUUUCUGCAUGAAGCAUCUUAUCAAGAGGAUAAAGUCGCGUUUCAAGACGAAGGGUCUGGGGACCCUGAUGUGGAAGGCUUACCGUGCCAUGACCACAAUUCUGUUUGACCAAGUGAUGGACAAGUUACGAGAGCAGGAACCGAGAGUUGUUCCAUGGCUGGAGGAGUCUGCACCACCCUGUUAUUGGGCAACUGCCCACUUCAAGGGUGAGCGCUUCGGCCAUCACACAUCCAAAAUAGCAGUGUCAGCAACCAAUGCGUUUGUUGGUGCGUGCAGCCAGUCACCCACUGCUCUGUGUGACAGUGUUUGCCAGAUUGUGGGACAGUGGUUUCAGGAGAGGAGGAAGCAGUCAGAGCAGAUGGGUGGAUUGGUUGUCCCUCUUGUGGCAGAGCGACUAGCGGCGACGAGGGAAAGGGCUCAGACAUGUGUGGUCGAGCCACUGACAACGACCUCAUUCAAGGUCUGCAGCAACAGCACUGCUGAGGUGCGACCUGUGUACCAGCUAGUUGAUCUCGAACAUCGGACAUGCACGUGCGGCGGUUGGCAAACACGUGGGUGGCCAUGCAAACAUGCAGCAAGUGCCAUUAUGUCUCAGAACGGGAUUCUGGAGGAGUGGUGCAGCCCAUAUUUCACCGUGGAAUGCCUGAAGUUGACAUACGAGGGGGCUGUCCAUGUCAUGCCCACUGUGCAAGAGUUGGGCCCACAAAAGGGUGAGCCAAACAUUGGCCCGCCACUCACAAAGCGCCAGAAGGGUCGACCAAAGGUGCGACGUAUCCGAGAUGUGGCUGAGCUGUACAAAAGGGGUCAGCGAUGUAGCCAUUGCAAAAAAGCUGGCCAUAAUAGGGCAACAUGCAAGGAGUCACCCUCUAAGGUGGCAGCACAGGCUGCUGCAACAGCUGCAGCUGUUGCUCGUGCCCUUAGGGGCAGUGCGCAAGGCGCUACGGAGGGUGCCACUGCCAAAGGGCGACACGACAGGCGAGUCCCCCGACUUGCUGUGCGCGCGCAGAGGAGGAGUCAGACGUAGGCACAAGGACGGGUGCACAGAGAGAGAGAGAGAGAGAGAGAGAGAGAGAGAGAGAGAGAGAGAGAGAGAGAGAGAGAGAGAAGGGGGGGGGGGGGCAGGAAAAGUGAUUUGUCUGUAUUUUUUGAACUUUUUUCCCUUUCGGUAGGCUGUUUUUGGUCUUCUGUGGUUCACAAUUUUCUUUUUCCCAGUCUGCAGUUUGCAGUCAGUUCCAAAUGUUAUUUUGUGAUUUAGAAACUGUCAUUGAGUUUUUAGAUCAGUUUCUGAGUCAGCCUUCUUUUUUUUUUCCUCCCUCAGGAACUGCAUUGCCUUCGUGCAAUUCCGAUCAUGCAAUGUGUCAUUAUCUGCACUUUCUCUCCGCUCCCCCUCCCCCCGGCCUUGAUUCACCGACCCUCAACUGUGUUGUUUGUACUCUAGUUCCACAAUUUUUGCGA